CAUGGCGAAAUAAGAAAAAAAGAGAGAGAGGGAGAGAGAGGACGAGAGAGAGAGAGAGUGUGAGUGAGUGAGUGAGUGCGUGAGAGAAAUCGAGCACAAUGGCCAGAGCACUGAAGAUGAGCCAAGUUUGUGGAGAUCCUUAUGAGGUUGUGAGGCUGAUCCACGUAGAAAAGCCGAAACCAGGUCCAGGUGAAGUGUUGGUACACAUUAUGCUUAGGACUGUCAAUCUUUAUGAUCUGCUCUGCGUACGUAUCGGACACCGACCUGUUUCUGAGUUUAACGGAGCUGCCUACAAUCCAGGCCCCGGAACAGAGAAUGGUGUCAUUCCUGGAACCGAAGGAUUCGGUUUAGUCGAGGAGGUGGGAGAAGGUGUGACCGGGUUUUCUAUUGGUCAGAGGGUGGUGCCUUGUCUAUACGCCAAGUAUCUGUCUACGGGAACGCAAGGUGCAUGGCAAGACUAUGUAGUUGUUCAGGAAGAGGAAGUUUACGCGAUUUCUGAUUCUAUCAGUGAUGAGACAGCAGCUCAGCUUGUGGCUAAUCCGUGGACUGCUUACGUGCUGUUGAAGACCAUUGCUGCACCAAAGGGGGAAUACGUCAUCUCAACGGCGGCCGGUUCUGUUGUAGGCAGGUUGAUCAUCCAGCUUGCUAAACAUUGGGGCAUCAAAACUAUCAACAUUGUUCGUCAUGAUAAGUACACUGAAGAGCUGAAGGCAUUGGGUGCAGACUUCGUGAUCAAUUCGAGCAAAGAAGAUGUCGUUGCCAAAGUUAAGGAGAUCACGAAUGGGAAACGUGCAUAUGGUGCAGUGGAUGCUGUAGCCGGAGAACUCACCAAGACUAUAACGAGUGCAGUUCGAGAUGAAGGUGAGGUCUGGGUCUAUGGUGUGCUCUCGGGUUACGACAUAGUUGUGGGAGUGUUUGAUCUUGCAAGACUCGUGAAAGUGGGGUGGUGGAUCUUGCACAGGCAUACGUCCACUGUCGAGCUUAGAAAAGAAGUAGGUACAGAAGUGAUCAGACUAUUCGAUGAAAAAGUGUGGGCGCCUUUGAGUUUUGGCAAGAAGUUUAAACUCGAAGAGUUCACAACAGCAUUUGCGGAAGCAGAAACAUAUAACAAACGAGGAAAGAUACUUCUGACCAGCUGAAAUUUGUCUUCUCGGGACUCGAUUUAUGCUCGGGUUGUUUGUCGCAAUUUUUAUCUCAGCUGGUUUAGGACAUGAUUCACACUCUGAUAUUAUCCUUAAUCCCAUAAAUCCCUGGGAAACCGUGUCCUUUCAGCCCUGUACAGCUUGAUGGGCUCUUCCCAUCGUCUUCGCUAUUUACUUGGCCCCGUUACGAUUUGUACACAGAUCCGACGUCAGUGCUGCCAUGCCUUGUAAUCCACCCAACUGAGCUUAGCCUUGUCACAUCGACAAGCCCUUGUAUCUUCAAGACUGCACUCAGCUCAAUUGGCCUUAACUUGUGGCCCCAUUAUUGUAUAUUAAGGAAUACAACGUUUAUACUCUGGAGCUAUUCAAGAAUGCGUUCCCGUAGCUUCCCACUGCGUGUGGUCGUAGCGCUCGUCCGCCUUGGACUUGCUGCAAUUUGCUGGAUGAAGAAAACUGGAUCGCUCCCAAACUCUAAAAAGGACUUCUUUCCUUAUUUUUUGCAAAAUUCUCUCGCGAGUAGAUUGAACACUG